AUAUGCUUCCAGAAUUAUCUAUACAUUGCCAACAACAACAAAAAUCAAAUGGAUCUCUGAGAUUGGUGUCAUUUGAGGAUGUGGCUGUUGACUUCAGCUGGGAGGAGUGGCAGGACCUGGACAAUGCUCAAAGGACCCUUUACAGGGAUGUGAUGCUGGAGACCUACAGCAGCUUGGUGUCCUUGGCAGGGCACUGUGUUCCCAAACCUGAGGCGAUUAUUAAGCUGGAGCAAGGAGCAGAGCCAUGGGUAGGAGAACCCUCAGGCCAGAGCUUUGCUGGACACUGUGUUCAUAAACCUGAAGUGAUUGUGGCAGAGCCACAAGUGGGAGGAGCCCCAGACCAGAAUUUCCCAGAUGUCCAGCAAGUAGAUGACCAGAUUGAGAUGUGCCAGGGCAGUCCAGACAGACAUCUGUGGCAAGUUGUAAUCACCAGCAGCAACACAGUGGAGGAAAGAGUUAGAUUAGGAAGAACUUUUAAUUUGAGCUCAAACCCUAAGUCAGAGCUGAUAAUGAAUAAUGGGAACUACUUAGGGAUGAGGACUGAGGAGUUUAUUGUUCAUCAGAACAUGCUUCUCCAUAGUGAGCCUGAUGAGAUGCAUGCUGGAGAGAAGCCUGGCGCCUCUCAUGUAGUCGAACAAUGUCUUAGACAGUCUAAGCAUCUUAGUAAGCCUCAUGAGAGUCCAAAUGGUCAGCAGGAUCUUGAAUAUGGUGGAGAACGUAAGGUAUUAAACUCAGAGACCAUAUUCUUUAUACAGAAGAGGGUUUGUUUGGGAGAGCCAUACUAUAAGUACAAUGAAUAUAGGGAAGACUAUGACAAGCCUGCUCUCAUUGUCCAAGAAAUAACUCAUGUAGGGAGGAAAACAUUAGAAUGUGCUGCAUGUGGGAAAAGAUUCUACAUAAAACCUAUACUAAAAACAUAUCAGAACAUCCACACCGAAGAGAAUGAAUGUGAGAAAUCCUUUAAGAAACCAUACUGUAGAAAACAUCAGAGAAAGCAUCUACAGGAGAAGCCCUACAAGCGUAACAAGUGUGUACAAUCUCUCUGUCAGAAGUCAAAUCUCACUGUACAACCUCAAACUCUCAAAGGUGAAAAACCUCAUGAAUGUAACGAAUGUAGCAAAUCUUUUUAUCGCAAAUCAGAUCUAACUGUGCAUCAGAGAACUCACACAGGAGAGAAACCCUAUGAAUGUAAUGAAUGUAGAAAAUCUUUCAACCAGAAGUCAAAUCUCAGCAGGCAUCAGCGAACUCACACAGGAGAGAAACCUUAUGAAUGUAACAAAUGUGCAAAGUCUUUCAACCAGAAGUCAGAUCUUAUUUUACAUCAGAGAACUCACACAGGAGAGAAACCACAUGAAUGUAAUGAUUGUAGGAAAUCCUUCUAUAAGAAGUCAGACCUCACUGUGCAUCAGAGAACACACACAGGAGAGAAACCCUAUGAAUGUAAUGAGUGUAGAAAAACUUUUUAUCAGAAAUCAAAACUUACUGUACAUCAGAGAACACAUACAGGAGAAAAACCCUAUGAAUGUAAUGAAUGUGGGAAGUCUUUCUACCAGAAGUCAGACCUUACUGUGCAUCAGAGAACUCACACAGGAGAGAAACCCUAUGAAUGUAACAAAUGUAGGAAAUCUUUCUACCAGAAGUCAGUCCUUACUGUGCAUCAGAGAACACACACAGGAGAGAAACCCUAUGAAUGUGAUAAAUGUAGGAAAACCUUUUGCCAGAAGUCACACCUCAGCAGGCAUCAGAGAACGCAACAUAAAGCAGAAACCCUGUAAAUAUAAAUAAUGUAGGAAGUCUUUCAACCAUAAGUCAAAUUUUAGCAAGCAUCAGGGGAAUCACACAGGAGAAAAACCCUCUGUAGGAAAACUUGUAGAAAAUGUCUUCUCAUCAAACCCAGUUUAUACAGGGAAAUCCUGCAUGGAAGAGAUGAGCUGUGUGUUCUCUGAAACCAUUCUCUUCUCUUGGCCACACACUGAAGUCCACAUUUCUCAGCCUCGUUAUCUCAAAUGGGACAAUAUAUAACUGAACAUUAUCUAAAGGAUUUGGACACAAGUAAUAGGCAUUACUUCCAGGCCUGACAAUAGAUGACCACCUGAUUCUCUGGUUAGGAGAAUGAAGUUGUGGAUGUCUGUCCUUUAUAAUUGUAGUCAAUAGUUUAUUUUGUAAACCUUUCUCAGAAAUAAUGGCUCUAACCCUUAGGGACUGGAGUCAGAUAAUCUCCAAGGUGGUUUUGGGAACUACAUAUGGGAGAAGACUGUCAUGCUUUGAAUCAAGGGAAUGAGAGCAUAGAUUUCACCAUUGCCAUCCUAAAAUCUACCUUUGCACUUUAAUGAGAAAUAAAGUUACUUCUAUUAAGUCAU